AUGAUUAAAAUAUUUUAGAUAAAAAAUAGAGUGAGGAGAUUUUAGAAAUAAUACAGAAUAAAUACUAAGUUUUUGUAUUACCAAACACUUAUAUAUAAGAUAGAUAGAAGCUUAAAUCAUAAGUACUUAGAUUAAUAGAUAGAAUUUAAAAUAAUAAAGAAAUUCAGCGAAAUUUUCUUGCAUAUUUAAGAAAGAAUGAUUAAAUUAGCUUAAUAGAUGAAGAAUGCCAACAAAAAUAUGAUGAUAGAAGAAGAGGAAGAGUCUAUUUAGCAUUCAAACAGCAGUGCAAAUAGUUAAAUGAAUGAAUAGUUAGCUUAAAUCAGCAAAAGCGUUGAACUGUAUUCUGUUAACUAAAACCAUUUGAAUGAUUACAACAAUACAUUAAGUUUUUCUGAUUUAAAUAAUUCCCUCCGCUUGCAACAUUCGCAUGAAGGGAUAAGCAAUGAAACUCCUUUUUAGCAAAAAGCAUUUAACAAACAAUCUAACUUAAAGAAAAGCAAAAAAGGGAUUUUAGGAGUAUUUGAGAAUUAAUCUUAUUAAAAUAGCGAGUGUUCGAGUACCUUAAAGCUAUAGAAAUUUAAAAGUUUUUGGCAUAUUAGAUUUUCUAAAGAUUAUUAGGAAAUACUAAAACAAAAUCUGAAUGAUGAAAACUGCUUAGUUUAUGUCUGCGAACCUUAAUUUUAUAAUAGUCAUAUUAAAUUAAGGGUACUUCUUUAACCAUAAUAAGGCGUUUUUAGUGGAGCAACUAUUAGAAUUUAUUUCAUAGUAACGAAAGACUACCCUUAUAAACCUGUUUUAGCAUUUGCAGAAGAGUAUAUUUAUCAUCCUAAUAUAAACAAUAACACAAAGCAAAUAUAUUGGAAAAUACUUGAUGACAGAGAAUGGAAACCAACAUUGACAUUGUAUUUCAUUAUUCUUUAGCUUAAAUUUGCAUUCAUAGAACCUGAUCUUACUUUUGUUCCUAAUAAUAUUGAGAAUGUGCAAUGUGCAGAGCUCUUUCAAUGCAACCAAUAAGAAUUUAGAAGAAAAUUUUUAAUUUUCUAUCAGUCAAAUGACACUAGUUCUUUGGAAAAAGAUUUAUCUAAUAAGAUGAACCUAGAAGAAAAUCAUAUCGAGGACUCUGAAAGAGAAUUCGGAACAUUAAACCAAUUAGAUUAUCAAUGCAAACCUAGCCAUGUUAUAUAAAAUAAUAUACCAAGGACAUUCCAAAAUUAGAAUCAUUUUCCAAAUUAACAAAAUUAGCAUUAAUAAUUUACAAGCUUAAAAAGUUAAAAUAUUUUUCAUGGUUUUUAAAAUAUUGACUAACAUUUGAAUGCCGAUAGCUUUGAAAGCAAUUUAAAAAUAUUUGAUCCUUCUUCUGCAUAAAUUUUCCAGAAUAUAAAUUAUAAUGGUGGAAGUAGCACUUUGAAUAAAAAUAAUCCUUUCUAAUCCAGCAAUUUCGAAAACAUAAACUAAUAAUAAGAAGGAGAUAUGAAUUAUAACUAAAAUUUCAACUACUUUCAGCCAUAGCCUUAAAUAAGCAAUUUUGAUAACCAAACAAAUAAGAAUAUACUAGAUGCUGAAUAUAAUAACUUUGAAAAUCACUUAAAUAUUGCAUUUUAAAAGAAUUAAACAAAUUAAAAUUACAAUUUUUUCAAUAACAAUUUAAUGAAUUUUAACAACAACAACAACAACAACAACAAUAAUAACAACAAUACCAACAACUAUAUGAAUAGUUACUGCUCUUCAAUUUCUUCUGCUUCUUCAUCAGCCUCUGUAGAAUAAGAAAAUCAAUAAAAAAUGGAAGAUGAAGCCAAUAACUUUAAACAAAGCUCAUUCAACAAACUUCACAUUUUAACAAGACACCUUUCCUUGGGUCAAAAUAGUAGAUCCCAAAACAAUGAAACAGCUUUAACUCCAACAUUAAGAAGUGAUAGAGAUCAUUCCAUUAGAAAUUAAUUUAUAAGAGGAUCUAAUGAGCCUCUAGCAGAAGACUAAGAAGAAGUCUUAUUAUCAGGAGAUUCUAGCAACAACCAAUCUAAUUACCUUCUAAUACAAAAUCCUUUCGAUUCUACUAAAGAACAAAGCUUUCUCAUUACCAGUCAGCUAAACACUACAAGUUGUCAAAUGCAUCCUAAAAAGAGAAAGUACAAACACAAUCAAACACAAGAAGAUUCAAAUACUUUUGACUUAGGAAAAUAAAGUAAGCUAGCUUGA